UGUGCUACUUACUACUUACCGUUCACGCGUUUUGUGUCAGAAGAAGGAGAGACCGGAACGACUGAGGCCAGCGAGGCUUACAAUCAUCUCAUGAAAAAUGGACUUUUCUGAGGACUCAACUGCGGAGCAUGGAAGCAAGACACUGUUAGUCCGCCAUUUACCGGCCGAGCUGAGCCAGGAUGAGAAAGAGGACCUGCUCAAAUAUUUUGGAGCGCAGUCUGUUAGAGCUUUCUCCAACUUUGGUAGUAUGAAACACACAGCAUUUGCAACUUUUCCCAGUGAAAAGGCUGCAGAAAAGGCUCUUGCCCGGCUCCAUCAGCUCGAGAUUCUCAAUCGAAAACUUAUUGUGGAGUUUGCAAAAGGCCAAGAUAACCUGACAGUAUUAAAGGAUCCACCUGUGUCAGACAGCACUAAAAAGCGAGCGCAGAACAAACCAGAUGCAAAGCAGCCUAAUGUUCCUCUCAUAGAGACGGGCAUUGCUCCAAAUCUUGGGUUGAAAUACCAACUAAAUCCAUCUUUGAAGUAUUUGUACCCGCCCCCUUCUAGUAGCGUUCUGACAAAUAUAACACACGCCCUUUUGUGUGUGCCCAAGUUUUAUGUUCAAGUUCUGCAUUUGAUGAACAAAAUGAAUUUACCCUGUCCGUUUGGACCGGUCACUCCCAGACCCCCAUUGUUUGGGCAACUUCCGACCGCCCCACCCAUCCCCAUGCCUCCCCCGUUUCCUCCUGAUCUCCCGCCUUUCCCAGAUGAGGAGAUGAUGUCAGCUGAUGAAGAAUCUGAGUAUGAAAGUGGAGAUGAUGAAGACAAAGAGAGGAUCGCUCGUCUGAUGGGUCUGGUCAACCAAGCAUGCAAGAGACCCUUAAGACCAAAAACAUCUUUGAAGAGGAGGAAGCCCAAGAUCAAGGAUCUCCUCUAUGUGCCCAAAGUAGACUCUCAGAGCACUCCAGCCAUGCAGCCGUCAGACGUGUUUGAGCAGCCCAACCCCGCCGGACCCAAAAAAAUCGAAUUCCACAUCUCGGUUUCGGAGGUGGCGGCCAAGGUGGACGGAAGUAGGACGCAGUGUGACGAAGUCCCCGUUUGUCCUUCCGAAAUGGAUGUGACUGAAGUUACCCUCAACAACAAAACGGAGGCUGCGGAAGGAUUUGGUAAGAUCUACCCCAACCUCCAGCCGUCCCAGGAAUGUGAAGAACGCAGUGAUGAAGAGGAGGAUCUCCCCUCGGAUGUCAUCUCAAUAAAAGAGCUGGAAAAAGGACGUCUCUCAAAAGACGAGAUAAAAAGGAUGUCAGUGUUUAAGAAUUACGAGCCCGGCGAGCCGACUUGCAGACUGUACGUGAAGAAUAUCGCAAAACAAGUGGAAGAGAAAGACCUCAAGUACAUCUACGGGAGAUACAUUAAUCCCUCCUCAGAAACUGAAAGAAACAUGUUCGACGUGGUGUUAAUGAAAGAGGGCCGGAUGAAAGGGCAGGCCUUUGUCGGACUUUCCAAUGAGCAGAGCGCCGAAAAAGCCCUGCGGGAAACCAACGGUUUUAUUCUCUUCGACAAACCCCUCGUGGUGCAAUUUGCUCGAUCAGCCAGGCCAAAACAAGACAAUAACGACACCAAGAAAAGACCAAAACAACGAUAACAUUAUAGUCAAGAUGCCAAGGCUUGAAUUUGUGGGCCAGCAGAACCAUUUGUAUCCUUAUUUGAACAUAUCCUUUGGAGAAAGAAAG